AUGGUACUCAGUCUUAUUGGUCCCCUGGAUAACACCCGUAUCCAACGUAUUCUCCUCAUUGCAGCCUAUGCCGGCACCACACUUAAAGUUGUUCCCAUCACUGUUGGUGUUGAAAAUGAAACCGAGAGUUAUCGCCGCAAUUGCCAUCCCCUCUCCCGAGUUCCCGUAUUAAAAUCAGAUGAGGGAUAUCUCUUUGAAACACAUGCCAUUGUUCGUUAUAUUGCCCGCACGGAACGGCCGUAUGGUGCCGAUGGCUGUGAUCGAUAUCCAUCACCGCAGCAUCAUGUACCUUAUAUAUUGUAUGGAAAGAACGUAAGAGAGGCGGCGGAUGUGGACUCGUGGUUGGAUUUUAUUAUGAUGGAAAUUGACACUUAUGCAUUUCCCAUUCUCACUGCGGAGAAACAACAACAACCACCGAGACGAACACGUGGUGCGGGUAGUUUAAAUAACACUACAACAAGUACAAGUACACCAGCAUUAUCAGCGGCGGAGUUAAAGCGUUUACAAGAGGGAUUGGAAGAAGGACUACGGGGAUUGGAACAACGAUUGGUGUUUAUGAAGGAACUGCGAAAAAUUAUGGGUUUUGCAUCUUCUAACAGUGCACACGCGAAUGCGGCGAAUGUGAAUAAUAAUAAUAAUAAUAAUAAUAAUAAUAAUAACAACACUCAUCCACUCGGCAGUGCCCGCUCGCUUCCAUUGGAUGAGUAUGAGGAUGGAUUAUCAGAGGAAGAGAUGCUCAUAUCGGCAACCCCACGGGAAAGUACCUUACUACGUGGAUCCCACACAUAUAAUAUCAAAACACGUAUGGAAGUUCCACCAGAUGCCAAUAACAAUAACCAAGAUAAUAAUAAUAUUAAUAACCCAGACAAUAUGGGGGAUGGAAAUGUCCUCUCACGUCUCUCCAUUCCAACACCGCGACUUUCCAUUCCAACACCGCGACCCUCUUCACUUACGCCGCGGGCCUCCAAUCUAACACCCCGGCGGAGUGCAAAUCCCGCUGCGAGUGAUUAUCUCUUUCUCGUUGGCGACUCCCUCACCGCUGCGGAUCUCGUUGUGGCCUCCGCUGUGAACAACGCACUGCAGGCGAAGUGUGUGCAGGCCACAGCGCGACAGCAAUACCCGCAGCUCGUGCGUUAUGUGCAUAGUGUGCUGCGGCUGCCGGUGGCGGCGGAUGUGCGCAAAGCCCUUGGUGUGAGUCUCGUGUAA